UAUUUCCGCUGAAACGACCGGUUAAAAUAGCUUAAAACCGUAGGAGAAGAUUCGUUUGUUUUUAAUUCGACAUUUUUAAAUUUUACAAAUUGUCAAACGAACGUAUGUUUUACUUAUAUGCUAAUUUAUCGGAGAGUUCCGUCGUGGCCCGACUUGCUAGCACUUGCUAGCACCGUAAACAUGACAACAACGUCCUUUUAUAACUUUCAUCUUGUCUUUUCCAAAUCCACAAAGAACUUUACGUCAGGAGAAUGGACGAAAACGCGUUUAUUUUUUUCCCCCAACGAACUGAUCUUUUACUAAAUAUUUAUUGUUACUUUAUUUAUACAAAAGAAAAGACCCAGAAUGUCAUGUUAUUGCUUCCUCUGUCAGAGCUCGGGGACGAACGCCGCCAUGGUGGACCAGACCCGGGCGCCGAUCGCCUUCGGCCGGCGGGCGGUCCCGCAGCUGUUCGAGGUGCUGCAGCUUCCGGAGACUGACGUCAUGCACAGACGCCGGGCGCUGGUGUCGCUGUGUGACCUGAUGCACGACCCCCAGCGGAUCCACCAGGCUGUGGAUGGAGGUGUUCUGGAGCAGUUGGAGGUUCUGCUCAAAGAUGAAGAUGCCACAGUCAGGAAGCAGACCUGUGAACUGCUCCACCUGAUCUGUGGCCACAACAUCGGCAGGUACUACAAUACUGCAAUACUCGGAAUUUCCAUUUUAUCCACCUUUUGAAGAAACAUCCACAAGGUCAUGAACCGCCUGGCCAUGCUGCCCGCAGGUGCCAAGGCUCUCCUCGCGCUGGUUCCCAAACUGUUGACAAAGCUGGAGGAGGAGGAGGAGGAGGAGGUGCAGGUUCUCCUCCUCUCCACCCUCAGUUUCUGCUCCACCCUGGACGCUCUCCCCGCCCUGGCCCUGGAUGCUGUCUCCUUGGUGAGACAGAAGCUCCUCCACUCCUCCCAGGACGUGCGCCGAGAAGCGGCGGCGGCCAUGAUGGCGCUCAGUGUUCCCGAGGAGGGCAAGCGGCGGGUGUGUAAGGAGGCGGUACUUCCUGAAGUCGUACGAUUGUUACAGGAAGCAGACGUAAAGGUUCAGGCUAACGCUGUCGCCGUCAUCAUGUACACGGCCAUUACUACGGAAGGUAAAAUGCAGUGCCUGGACCUGGACGUGGUGCCGGUCCUCCUGGACCUGGUGUCCAGUUCCGAGGAGGAGGACGAAGAGGAGGACAUGGAGAAGAGGAGGAGGAGGAAGGCCCUCGUCAUGUACUGCCUGCGGGCUCUGACCACUCUGGCCGAAGCUCCCAGAGGACGCCACCUCCUGAUGGAGCAGCUCCCCCUGCUGGAGAAAUGGAGCGAAGUAGCGGAGAAGGACGAGGACAUCAGGCGAGCCGCCCAGACCGCGGUCAGGGUCAUCACCUGGGCUCCGUGAGGACCAGGAGGGACCCCGAGGUCCAGACUCUGGUCCAGGUUCUGGACUAGACCAGUUUUAGUAAAAAAGUUUGGACUUCUGUCUCAGUUUUAUAUUUUAAUAUAAUAUACAAUAUUCAUAUAUUUCUCUAUUUUAUUUACGCAUUUUUUUAAAUAUAAUGUAAAUAUGCAUUUAAAUUUUUUUUUUUAAACAAUUAAAUAUUU